AUGGUUGGAGACCAGGUAUUCCUGCGAGUGCCGCCCAUGAAGGGAGUGAUGAGAUUUGGGAGGAGGGGUAAGCUUAGCCCCAGGUUCAUUAUCCCUUUUGAGAUCCUGAGGCGGGUAGGAGAGGUAGCUUAUGAGUUUGCUUUAGCCCCAACACUUUCAGGUGUUCACCCUGUAUUCCAUGUUUUUAUGUUGCGGUGGUACAUUCUAAAUGAGUCUCACAUGCUUCAGUGGGAAUCGGUUCAGUUUGAUGAGUCUUUAGCAUUUGAGGAGGAGCCUGUGGCUAUUUUGGACAGGCAGGUUAGGAAGUUAAGGUCUAAGGAGAUCCUGUCGGUGAAGGUCUAG